ACGUCUCCCAUUAUUAUAGUAUUCGUCCAAGUAUUCUCUGCCGUUGUCACCUCUUCUUCCUCACCAAACCACCAUUCGUAAUCAUAAUCGCCCUUUCACUCUCCCAAUAGGCACAGAAUUCCGCCGCUAGAUCGAAGUUCGGCCAAAUCAACGGCGAAGGAAAAAUGGCUCAGCUUACUCACCGCGCCGCCAACCUCCGUAAAACCCUAGCCGCAGCCAUUUCCGCCACGCGCCACCUCUCCACCGCCUCCACCGCCACAAUCACCGUGGAGACUUCCCUUCCAUUCACCGGCCACAACAUCGAUCCCCCAUCCCGCACCGUCGAGACCACCCCUCAGGAACUCCUCACCUUCUUCCGCGACAUGGCUCUGAUGCGCCGCAUGGAAAUCGCUGCAGAUUCGCUGUACAAGGCGAAACUGAUCCGCGGAUUCUGCCACCUCUACGACGGCCAGGAGGCUGUCGGCGUGGGAAUGGAGGCGGCGAUCAGAAGGGAUUGCAUAAUUACUGCGUAUCGCGAUCACUGUAUCUUCCUGGGCCGUGGAGGGACGCUCUACGAAGCGUUUGCCGAGCUUAUGGGGAGGAAAGACGGGUGUUCGAAGGGGAAAGGAGGUUCGAUGCAUUUUUAUAAGAAGGAAGGAGGGUUUUAUGGCGGACACGGGAUUGUUGGAGCACAGGUUCCGUUGGGGAUUGGGUUGGCUUUCGCUCAGAAGUAUAGCAAGGAUGAGAAUGUGACGUUUGCGAUGUACGGAGAUGGUGCUGCUAACCAGGGGCAGUUAUUUGAGGCGUUGAACAUGGCCGCGCUAUGGGAUCUGCCUGCCAUUUUGGUCUGCGAGAAUAAUCACUACGGAAUGGGUACUGCAGAAUGGAGGGCGGCAAAGAGCCCAGCUUACUACAAGCGAGGAGAUUAUGUUCCAGGGCUGAAGGUGGAUGGUAUGGAUGCCCUUGCUGUGAAACAAGCAUGCAAGUUCGCAAAGGAGCAUGCGCUGAAGAAUGGCCCAAUUAUACUCGAAAUGGAUACCUACAGGUAUCAUGGCCACUCCAUGUCUGACCCUGGAAGCACAUAUCGUACCCGUGACGAGAUUAGUGGCAUUAGACAGGAGCGUGAUCCAAUUGAAAGAAUCAGAAAGCUUAUACUAGCUCACGAUCUAGCCACUGAAAAGGAACUCAAGGAUACCGAGAAAGAGAUAAGAAAAGAGGUGGAUGAAGCCAUCGCAAAAGCUAAGGAGAGUCCCUUGCCCGAUCCUUCAGAUCUUUUCACUAAUGUAUAUGUCAAGGGCUUUGGAGUUGAGUCAUUUGGAGCAGACAGAAAAGAAUUGAGAGCUGUGCUUCCAUGAGAAGAAACCUUCGAUAAGCCAACACCCUCGUCGAUGGACUAACAUGCAAUAAAACGGGAAAAAGAACUCGAGACAAUAAAGAGUUGCUGUUUGAGAAUAUAUUUUUCGAUUUCGUGCUGAAAAUCUUCCUCAGUUUUGAUUGAUUUUUUUACAUAUCCUUUUUUUACUUUAACUUGUUUUCCUCACAUUGUGGAUAUUAGAGAGUUCUCUUUGCUGAUAUAUUAUUGGUGUUUGUUUGCCACAGUUGGUGGAUGUUAUUAUUAUUAGUAUUUGCUGCACAACUCUUAGAAACUGUGAAUCAUUUGUUGGUCACCCUGCAUUUGUCACCAGUUGAUAUAAAAUUUAUUUAUUACAUGAUUGGUGGA